AAGUCUCCGCGAAGCAGGAAGCACGUUUUUUCAACCGUUUUUUCGUAAUCCCCUUUUUUGCUUGAAUACGAUAACACUGGGCCGACUUAAACACAUCCGAAGCAAUCAUGAACCACUGCCGAUUGUGUCUGGGGCUGGUGCCGGAUCCCAAGGACGCCACGAAGCUGGACUCGAAACUUUUGGACGGAAACUCGGUGGCGGACAAGUUUAACGAACUUUUCGGGAUCUGGGUCAGCGACUGCUGGAACAUCGAUUCGCUGAAUGUUUUGUGCGACGAUUGCGCGGACAAAAUUACGCGGGCAGCAUCCGGCCAGCUUUUGGCUGCCGAAUUGGAUCAGUUCAAGCGAUUCUUCAAAGAACUGGAGCAAGAAAUGCACCUUUUUGUCUUCAGCGAUUCUGAGGAGGAGCCGGACAACAAACUCGAUCCGGUUGUCCCGAAGGGCGUGAUUCAAAAAGAGAACGUCGGGCAUGAUUGGCCCGAAAUCGCCGGCAAAGGUCGCAUGGUGAACUCCAAGCCGGUCGAUGGAAAAAAGGUCUUACGCGAGAUUCAACUCGGUCAGGACACCGAUGGCCGCCAGAUCGUCGUCAAGACCAAGAUUGAACCUGAGAUUGGGGCGAAAGAUUUUACUCUUCAGAGGAUCUGAUUCGAGAGUUCAAUUCAGGACGUAGAAGCUACGGUGAGUACGAUCGUGUAGACGACAUUGACUCUUGAUUUCUUUUUACACUGUGUAUUUUACCAUUACGUUGUUAUUUUUCGCUUAUUCGUUAAUUUUUCGAUGUUAACCUUAGAACGGCGAUUUUGCUUGUUAUUUUGAAUUCAAUGAUGUAACGACAAAAAAUAUAACAUUGAUACAGAUUCCAUAGAUCUAGUGAUAGAUCGAACUAAAACUGGAU